GCACUUGAGUUUCGCUUCUCCCUCCAAUCGCUCGCAACUAUUUAUCAUAACCAACACUAAUUUAUAAAUACUAUUCGGCCAAAACAACAAUACGUGCGUAGUUCGGGAAAUGCCGAUGAUGGUAUCGUUUAAAUAGGAAUGUUCAGUAUACUUCGAACUUGCGUGGCUGACUGGUGUGGUACAUUUAUCUGACUCACUUACAACAGGAAGUCUCUUGUUUUUAAUUCAUUACAUCGUAGCCACACAAGAACACGAAAAUGUUGAAACAACACUUUGACAUGAUCGGCAGGAACGAACCCAUCCAGAGAAAAGCCUUCUGGCAAUCCUACGUCAGAGCAUUAAAAGGAUCCGACGACAUGAGGGCACCGGAAAUCACACACUACCACACCCCCGGCAGGGGAGUGUUCAGGCCCAUCUUGAGCGCCGACUACCCGACAUGGCCCAGCUACAAGUCCAUCUACGACGACCCAAAGCACCCAUCUGACAGAAUCAACACACCGGGAUACCGUUACCUGCCAAUCUCCAGAGACACAUACGGCAUUUCGCCCAGGAACAUUUACCCGCACAACUACCACUCCGACCGCUAUCCUUCAUACGGUACGUACUGAUGACGACGUCGCCGAACACGCAAACCAACCACCGCUAUAUAAUAUAAUAAUACUAUAAUAUGUACCGCUAUAUAAUAAUAAUAAUAAUAAUACUAUUUCUACAGAAGCUAUAUUAUAAUAUUAUUAUAAUCUCUGUACACAACCAACAAUCUAAUCAACAGCAAUAAUAAUCAUAUUAAUAAUAGUAAUACAUUGAUCAAAUUUCAUUUUCUUUCCGCAAACGAUUUCAGAAAAAUGUCGCAAAUGUCACGUGCCGCUAAAGCGAGAAUACUGAUAUAUUAUAAUAUUAUGUUUAUAUUUUGUUUACUGUUAUUUUUGUUAUCGCGGAAUUUCUAUAUGUGUAUACCCCACUUUGGCACCCGUCACGUUCGGCCUUUGCGGUAUUUUUUUUCACACUUUCUUCGUCCAUUUCACACCAACCCGACCGAUCGAUCGGUGUAAUAACUGUAAUACUUUACGAACGACCGAGAUCGCCAUUCAAUAAUGACAUGAAAUUCCGUGCACGUUACGAAUUCUAUUUCAAAACGUCCUUUGAAUGCUCACCACCAAGGCAAUCAUUAUUAUAUUAUAUCAUAUAUUAUACAUCUUAAUAUGAAAAGGCAAUCUUUUUGUUUUUUUUUUUUCAUUAAAAUAACGGUAAAUAUAUUAAUUUAUUAUAAUUAUUUAGAUAUCGCUUAGACAGACGUAUAGGUGUUAUCAGAAAUAAAUAUUGUAGCGUAUAUUGAUAAACUAUAUAUUAUUUUAUACUCCAAAAGUAUAAUACUGUUACCGAAUUCUGUUUUGUAUUAUGUAUACAAUAUUGUUGUUGUUGCCUUUAUUAUAAUUUUUUGUUUAUAUGAUUUAAUUAUUUUUUUGAAAUAUAAUUACUUACUAUUUAAA